AUGGAGAUUAUUCCAGGUAUUUCUAAACGACAAAUCGAUGAUGCCCUCAGACACGCCGACUUGAGAGGACCAGGAAAGCCGAGCAAUGCUCCAGAAAUUAUUAGAGUGCGCCUUGAUGCAACGAGAACUGAUCACUUUCUAGAUUUUAUUUAUUCAUCUUCCCUUUUGCAAGAUGUAUCAUAUGGUACAAAGUCGUUGAAGUUGGAUGGCGGAGAGAAACUUCUUAUACCAGCGGCUAUGCGAACUUUAAUUCCAUCCCGAAUCAUUAAGCAAUACCAAAGCUACUGCGAGAGCGUAACUUUUGAGCCAUACAGUGAACGUACACUCUUCCGAAUAUUGGAGGCAUGCUCUGCUUCAAAGCAGGUCUCGUUACAAGGACUUGAUUACAUCGCCACAGAAGGUGCGGAAGCUUUCGAUCAGUUGAAAUCCAUUGUAAACGUGCUGCAAGAUAAUGGCAAUGAUGUCACCUGGGCAAAUUCUAUCAAACAGACAAAACUCACACGGGCAGCAAAGAGAGAUGUAAAGAUCACUGUACCACGUUUUCGCUCAGUGAUCCGAAUAAUAGAGACUACUCUGGUUCAUGCAACCAUGAGCAUGAACUAUCCUGUCAUGAAUGUGCACGGCUUACUUGUUUAG